GCCAGAGGAUUCCGGAGACUUUCCCACAUGUGAAAAAAACAUGAGGACACUAUUUAGAUGUUUUUCUCUUUAGCUAGUAUUUGUUCUUCGGUCAGCACCAAGAAAUAACAAUCUUUAGCAUUUUCUUUGAUUGACUUAACAUAUUUUCGACAUUUGUCGCGCUAGCAAACUUUUCAGCACUCAAGUUAGGCAGCUAAUUUAAGUUAGCCACCUUGGUAAAAUCUAACGUUAGCUAGCUAUCAUGGAUAACUCGGACGAAAAUUCGGUACAAUUCCACGGGGAUGAAGAGAUUAUAGAAGUCAUCGACCUUAACGAAACAGAGCAAAACCCAGAUGAUUUGGCGGAGGAGUUCGAGGACGUGGACGUCGGAGAGACUGAGGACGGAGACAAUGAACAGGAAGACUGGGAUACCGACGACGAGAUGGAGCAGGAAAAGGAGCAAGAUGACAGCGAACUCACAUUUUCCAAACACAUGGGCUCUGUGUUCUGUGUGAGUCUGGACCCAGCCACAAACAGCUUGGCUGUGACCGGAGGAGAGGAUGACAAGGCCUAUGUCUGGAGAGUGAGUGACGGGGAAGUGAUGUUUGAAUGUACAGGCCAUAAGGACUCUGUGACAAGUGUUUUAUUCAGCCAUGAUUCUUCCCUGGUGGCCACGGGGGACAUGAGCGGGCUGAUCAAGGUCUGGAAGGUGGAGACCAAGCAGGAGGUGUGGUCCUUCGAGGUGGGAGACCUGGAGUGGAUGGAGUGGCACCCCUGCGCCCCGGUGCUGCUGGCGGGCAUGGCGGAUGGUAACGUUUGGAUGUGGAAGAUCCCAGGGGGUGACUGUAAGACCCUGCAGGGCCCUGGCUGCCAGUCGACCAGUGGAAAGGUCCUGCCAGACGGGAAGAGAGCUGUGGUGGGCUAUGAAGAUGGGAACGUACGACUUUGGGACCUCAAGCAGGGAAAUGCCACCCAUGUGAUUAAAGGUCAUGAUGGACACCAGGGGGCGCUGACGUGCCUGGCCUGUAACAAGGACGGCUCUCUGGUGCUGACGGGCUCCGUGGAUGGCCGUGCCAAGCUCAUCAACACUGCCACUGGCAAGGUGUUGGGUGUGUUCUCUGUGGACGGGGGCAAAGCCAAAGCCUCUCAGGAGGAUGCUGAGGAGACCAACUCGGUGGAGUCAGUGGGGUUCUGCAAUGUGUUGCCUCUGAUAGCGGUGGCGUAUCUGCAUGGGACCCUGGCUAUCUAUGACCUCUCCUCACAGGUCCUCAGACACAAGUGUCAGCACCAGGCUGGCAUUGUUAAACUGCAGUGGGAGGAGUCAUCCUCUGUGGUGUCCACCUGUAGUUUGGACGGGGCGGUGAGGCUGUGGGAUGCCCGCUCGGGAACCAUGGUGUCAGAGUACCGUGGCCACCAGGCGGAGAUCCUCGACUUCACACUCAACAGAGAAGCCUCUAUGGCGGUCACUGCCUCUGGAGACCACCAGGCCAAACUCUUCUGCCUCCAACGGCCAGACCGUUAAUAAGAGGAGCAGAGGGAGAAAGAGCGAGAGAAAUGGGGAUGGACUCAACCCUGAUCGCGCUUUGUCGACAAUGCACCUUAAAGGCAAUAUUCCCGUUUUUGUGGAGACCGUUUUAACAGUGGACACUGCAUAUAUCGGCUCAAUCCGAAGUUGUCACUUAACCUCUCUGGGAAAUGUGGGACGGUAGCCAACAGCCAGUGAAAGCGCAGGGCGCCAAAUUCAAAACAACAAAAAUCUCAUAAUUAAAAUUCCUCAAGCAUACACGUAUUUUACACCAUUUUAAAGAUAAAAUUCUUGUUAAUCCAGCCACAGUGUCUGAUUUCAAAAAGGCUUUACAGCGAAAGCACCACAAACGAUUAUGUUAGGUCACCACCAAGUCACAGAAAAACACAGCCAUUUUUCCAGCCAAAGAGAGGAGUCACAAAAAGCACAAAUUGAGAUAAAAUGAAUCACUAACCUUGAUGGUCUUCAUCAGAUGACACUCAUAGGACUUCAUGUUACACAAUAAAUGUAUGUUUUGUUUGGUCAAGUUCAUAUUUAUAUCAAAACAAUCUCAUUUUACUUUGGCGCGUUCAGUAGUUCUAAAACAUGCGGUGACUUUGCAGAGAGCCACAUCAAUUUACAGAAAUACUCAUCAUAAAUGUUGAUGAAAAUACAAGUGUUAUACAUGGAAUUAGAGAUAUACUUCUCCUUAAUGCAACCGCUGUGUCAGAUUUUUUAAAAAACUUACGGAAAAAUUAAAACGUGCAAUACAACAAAGCAGCCUACAUAUUGACUACCGUAAUUUCCGGACUAUAAGCCGCUACUUUAUUCCCACGCUUGGAACCUCGCGGUUUAUACAAUGACGCGGCUAAUUUAUGGAUUUUUCCCGCUUUCACAAGAUUCAUGCCGCCAAAAAACUGAGCACCGUCACAUAAUGUGACGUAAAUCGAGCGCGCUCAAACUUCCCAUCAUUCUGAUUACGGUAGUAAUUUUGUCACCCUCAUCAUGGCAAAGACGAGGAGAAAUGGAUAUGAUGCAGGUUUCAAGUUGAAGGCGAUCGAUCUGGCUGUUGGAAAAGGAAAUAGAGCUGCUGCACGGGAGCUUGGCCUUAAUGAGUCGAUGAUAAGACGUUGGAAAGCAGCGUGAGGAACUGACUCAGUGCAAAAAGACAACAACAGCUUUCAGGGGGAAGAAAAGCAGAUGGCCCAAAGUAUUUGCAGCCACUCGACAUCAGUGUAAAUCGUGCAUUUAAGGUGGCGCUCCUUGUUCAGUGGGAGGUUUGGAUGACAAGUGGGGAGAAAUCCUUCACUAAAACGGGCCGCAUGUGAAGAGCAACUUAUGGUCAAGUCUGCCAGUGGGUUCUGACAGCGUGGAGCAUUGUCAAAAAAUCCACUAUCAUCAACGGGUUUCGAAAGGCUGGACUGCUGCGUGUUGAAGGGGCAGCAUGAGCUCAGCGGGGUAUUUGCCUCCGGAUGAAAGUGACGAGAGCGACAAUGAAAACGAUCCAACAUCGGAUGAAGCAAUUCUGAGGCUAUUCAACUCCAACACCGAAGGAGAUGGCUUCAGUGGUUUCAGUGCACAGGAGGGGGAAGAUAGUGACCAAUGACUUUCUUGGUAGGCCACUGUUUAAUUUGUUACAAGCCGUGUUUCGUUUAAAUCCUGUGUAAAGUUAAUUUGUUUCAAUGUACCGGUAGGCACCUGCGGGAUAAGAGCGUCUGCUAAAUGACUUAAAUGUAAUGUAAAUGAUAGACAUGUGCCGCUUAUUUAUGUACAAAAUACAUAUUUUUGAAUAAUUCAGUGGGUGCGGUUUAUAUUCAGGUGCGCUUAAUAGUCCAGCAAUUACGGUACAUAUUGUGUAGUCAACAUUAGUCAGAAAUAGCAUUAUAAAUUUGUACUUACAUUUGAUGAUCUUCAUCAGAAUGCACUCCCAGGAAUCCCAGUUCCACAAUAAAUGUUUGAUUUGUUCGAUAAAGUUCAUAAUUUAUGUCCAAAUAGCUUCUUUUGUUAGGGAGUUUGGUAAACAAAUCCAAAUGCGCGUGCAAGUCCAGCCGAACGUCAAAGAAAAGUUCAAAAAGUUAUUACAGGUCGUAGAAACAUGUCAAACUAAGUAUAGAAUCAAUCUUUAGGAUGUUUUUAUCAUACAUCUUCAAAAAUGUUCCAAAUUGGAGAAUUCCUAUGUCUGUAGAAAAGCAAUGGAACGAGAGCUAACUCUCUUGUGGCCGUGCAUCACGAGCUCGUGGCACUCUGCCAGACACUUGGCUCAAUCCCCUCUCAUUCAGCCCCCCUUCACAGUAGAAGCCUGAAACAAAGUUCUAAAGCCUGUUGACAUCUAGUGGAAGCCUUAGGAAGUGCAACAUAACCAAUAUCCCACUGCAUAUUGGAAUGGCAAAGAGUUAAACUACAAACCUCAGAUUUUCCAUUUCCUGGUUGGAUUUUUCUCCGGUUUUCGCCUACCAUAUGAGUUCUGUUAUACUCACAGACAGUUUUAGAAACUUCAGAGUGUUUUCUAUCCAAUACUACUAAUAAUAUGCAUAUAUUAGCAUCUAGGACAGAGUAGCAGGCAGUUUACUCUGGGCACCUUAUUCAUCCAAGCUACUCAAUACUGCCCCCCUGUCACCAAGAAGUUAAAUGGCGCAUUGUCAACAAAGCGCGAUCGGAUUGAAUCCCGGCCUUUCAUUGUGUUUUCUCACAACUGAGGGUUUUUGAACUGUCUUGUAUCGAUUGUGGUCUGUCUGAUCUAUAGUAGACCUGCAGUGUUCUAGAAGGUUCUAGAACUGCCAGCCAUUCUACUCGGGUUUCUCAAGUAGAACCCACACAAAAUAUAUACAUUCUAAGUGGUGUGGUAGUGUAGAUGUUGGAACACGUCAACCUAGAGGCAAUAAAGCAUCUAACAGUAGACCAAUGGGAUAUGUCGUGUGGUCCUUGAUUUAUUACUAAAUACACUUUCAACUACACCUUGGUGUUCCCUGUGCGAUUUGGUUUGAUGACAUUAUGAAUACACAUUAAGGUAAUAGAGCUACGUAGAGAUGGAGAUCUCGAGGAUGUCCCCAUAAUAUCUGGUGAUUUGUGGAGUGUAAUCCUCACUUUCUCCCUAAAUCACCCCAAAUUAUGUCAACUCAACCUUAUGUACAGUGGGGCAAAAAAAGUAUUUAGUCAGCCACCAAUUGUGAAAGUUCUCCCACUUAAAAAGAUGAGAGGCGUGUCAUUUUCAUCAUAGGUACACUUCAACUAUGACAGACAAAAUGAGGAAAAAAAUCAAGAAAAUCACAUUGUAGGAUUUUUAAUGAAUUUAUUUGCAAAUGAUGGUGGAAAAUAAGUAUUUGGUCAAUAACAAAAGUUUAUCUCAAUACCUUUGUUGGCAAUGACAGAGGUCAAGCGUUUUCUGUAAGUCUUCACAAGGUUUUCACACACUGUUGUUGGUAUUUUGGCCCAUUCCUCCAUGCAGAUCUCCUCUAGAGCAGUGAUGUUUUGGGGCUGUUUCUGGGCAACACGGACUUUCAACUCCCUCCAAAGAUUUUCUAUGGGGUUGAGAUCUGGAGACUGGCUAGGUCACUCCAGGACAUUGAAAUGCUUCUUACGAAGCCACUCCUUCGUUGCCCGGGCGGUGUGUUUGGGAUCAUUGUCAUGCUGAAAGAUCCAGCCACGUUUCAUCUUCAAUGCCCUUGCUGAUGGAAGGAGGUUUUCACUCAAAAUCUCACGAUACAUGGCCCCAUACAUUCUUUCCUUUACACGGAUCAGUCGUCCUGGUCCCUUUGCAUAAAAACAGCCCCAAAGCAUGAUGUUUCCACCCCCAUACUUCACAGUAGGUAUGGUGUUCUUUGGAUGCAACUCAGCAUUCUUUGUCCUCCAAACACGACGAGUUGAGUUUUUACCAAAAAGUUAUAUUUUGGUUUCAUCUGACCAUAUGACAUUCUCCCAAUCUUCUUCUGGAUCUUCCAAAUGCUCUCUAGCAAACUUCAGAUGGGCCUGGGCAUGUACUGGCUUAAGCAGGGGGACACGUGUGGCACUGCAAGAUUUGAGUCCCUGGCGGCGUAGUGUGUUACUGAUGGUAGGCUUUGUUACUUUGGUCCCAGCUUUCUGCAGGUCAUUCAUUAGGUCCCCCCGUGUGGUUCUGGGAUUUUUGCUCACCGUUCUUGUGAUCAUUUUGACCCCACAGGGUGAGAUCUUGCGUGGAGCCCCAGAUCAAGGGAGAUUAUCAGUGGUCUUGUAUGUCUUCCAUUUCCUAAUAAUUGCUCCCACAGUUGAUUUCUUCAAACCAAGCUGCUUACCUAUUGCAGAUUCAGUCUUCCCAGCCUGGUGCAGGUCUACAAUUUUGUUUCUGGUGUCCUUUGACAGCUCUUUGGUCUUGGCCAUAGUGGAGUUUGGAGUGUGACUGUUUGAGGUUGUGGACAGGUGUCUUUUAUACUGAUAACAAGUUCAAACAGGUGCCAUUAAAUCAGGUAACGAGUGGAGGACAGAGGAGCCUCUUAAAGAAGAAGUUACAGGUCUGUGAGAGCCAGAAAUCUUGCUUGUUUGUAGGUGACUUAUUAUUUUCCACCAAUUGUCACCAAUAGGUGACUUACUUAUUUUCCACCAAUUUGCAAAUAAAUUCAUUAAAAAUCCUACAAUGUGAUUUUCAGGAUUUUCUCCCCUCAUUUUGUCUGUCAUAGUUGAAGUGUACCUAUGAUGAAAAUUAUAGUUCUCUCUCAUCUUUAAGUGGGAGAAAUUGCACAAUUGGUGGCUGCCUAAAUACUUUUUUCCCCCACUGUAAAUAUAUUGGGCCCUGUUGAAAUACUUUAGAAAUGCAUCCGUCCUUCUUUUUCUGAAGUAAUCACGAAUCUGGAUUGGUGAAAAUACUGUGAUAACUUUGCUUUCCCCUGCCCCAUCACUGACCUUAAGGAAACAUGGAAGGAAGGGUGCAUCUCUGAAGUAUUGGGACAGAGCCAUGGGCUUUGUUCUGCUGUUUGUUGGAACCAUUAAAGAUGUUUUCAACCCAA